CCCUAAUACUCCCCUGUGAUUGGCUGGCUGGUCCGCUCAGUCGUUUGGAGUGACAGGGACAGGCCAGGCUGUUGUGGCUAAAGGAGCGGCCGGGGGAGACAAUCGGGGGCCAUAGAGGCGCCCACCUCACGGCCCUGAUAUGUCAUCAGCCGUGGAGGAGAGCUAACACACAGCACAGACAUUGGGGACCCCGGGGGCCACACAGGAGUCUGCAGUACAGAGAUGUGAAUCAGACGUCUUAUGAAGAUUUGUCACAGUAUUGUAUCUGAGGAAAUGAUACUUGAAAAUGUGACCGUUUCGUGGAGCCCGGAACCAGUGUCUUUAUCACAUACUUCAUUUUGAAGGCUGAGAGCUUCAUGUGAAACUGCGGGGAAAUGGCGGUAUUUGAUACACCCUACCAGAGGCUGGAGGCCUCGUACACAGACUCGCCUAUGGGGGAGGAUGACCUCUUGGUGCAUGUACCGGAGGGGAGUAAAUCUCCAUGGAAUCACAUUGAGAACCUGGAUCUCUUCUUUUCCAGAGUCUACAACCUUCACCAGAAGAACGGCUUCACCUGCAUGCUAAUGGGGGAGAUGUUCGAGUUGUUGCAGUUCAUCUUUGUCGUAAGUUUCACCACCUUCCUGGUGAGUUGCGUGGAUUAUGACAUCCUGUUCGCAAACAAGAUGGUGAAUCACAGUCAGAGCGAAAACAACAAAGUGACGCUGCCAGAUGCCUUCCUGCCCCCGGGAGUCUGCAGGGACCGCAUUCAGGAGAACUGGUUCCUCAUGGUCCUUCUGGUCAUUGCCGGCGUCUUCUGGAUCCACAGACUCAUCAAGUUUAUUUACAAUGUCUGCUGCUACUGGGAGAUCUACAACUUCUACAUCCAAGCCCUGCGGAUCCCUAUGGCCGAUCUGCCCUAUUACACCUGGGAGGAAAUCCAGAGCAGAAUCGUCCAGAUCCAGAAGGAGCACCAGAUCUGCAUCCACAAGAAGGAGCUGUCGGAAUUGGACGUGUCUCACCGGAUCUUACGCUUCAAAAACUACAUGGUGGCCAUGAUCAACAAGAACCUUCUGCCCCUUCAGCACCGGCUUCCUUUCCUGGGCGACACCGUCUUCUACACCCGUGGUCUCAAGUACAACUUCCAGCUCAUUUUCUUCUGGGGUCCCGGAUGCCUCUUCCAGAACGAGUGGAGCUUAAAGCCCGAGUACAAGCGUGCCGGAGUGCGCCUGGAGCUGGCGGACAAGCUGUCCCAGCGCAUCCUCUGGAUAGGACUCGCCAACCUGGUGCUGUGCCCGCUCGUCCUGGUAUGGCAGAUCCUCUACGCCUUCUUCAGCUACACGGAGAUUCUACGCCGAGAACCUGGGAGCCUCGGAGCCAGGUGCUGGUCGCUGUACGGGCGCUGCUACCUCCGCCACUUCAACGAGCUGGAUCACCAGCUGCAGGCCAGGCUGAGCCGAGCGUACAAGCCAGCCAGCAAAUACAUGAACUGCUUCCUCUCCCCGCUCCUGGCCGUGGCUGCUAAACAUUUAGGAUUCCUGGCGGGAUCCAUCUUGGCCGUGCUGAUAGCGCUCACUGUAUACGAUGAAGACGUGCUGGCGGUGGAGCAUGUGCUGAGCGCUGUUACCCUCCUGGGAGUGGUGGUGACUGUCUGCAGGUCGUUUAUUCCUGAUCAGCACUUGGUCUUCUGUCCGGAGCAGCUCCUACGGGUCAUCCUGGCUCAUAUUCACUACAUGCCCGACCACUGGCAGCGCAGUGCUCAUCGGGCGGAGACUCGGGGAGAAUUUGCACAACUAUUUCAAUACAAGGCGGUUUUUAUUCUGGAGGAGCUCCUGAGUCCACUACUGACGCCUCUCGUACUGAUAUUCCGGCUGCGUCCAAAGUCCUUGGAGAUCAUUGACUUUUUCCGAAACUUCACAGUCGAAGUGGUGGGAGUCGGGGACACCUGUUCGUUUGCACAAAUGGACGUCCGCCAACACGGCAAUCCUGCGUGGAUGUCUGCUGGCAAGACCGAGGCCUCAGUUUACCAGCAGGCAGAGGAUGGUAAGACCGAGCUGUCCCUUAUGCACUUCGCCAUCACGAAUCCCCGCUGGCAGCCUCCUAGAGAAUGUUCUGCGUUCCUGACACAUCUACGAGAGCGAGUACAGAAAGACAGCGGAGGCACAACACCAAAGAACCCCCCUGGACUGGGGCACCCCCUGCACUGGUCUGGGCUGUCACUGCAGUCUGACUCUGAGCCCCACAGUCUGAUGGCGAACGUGUUUCAAGGGAUGUCACCUUCGGGGAUGCCGCCUCACACGGACGCUCUCUGUUCUCCACACGUCUCUGCUGUAUCGGAGGUGGCGUCGGCUCUGCGUUCCCUGUCACCGCAGCAGUCCUGUCACGUGAGCCAGAAUCCGAGUGGCCUUGAAUACAGAAAUGGCAGCUUUGGGAGCAGUUUGUGGGAGGGUCCUAUGACCAGCGGACCCCUGUCUGAAUACGCUUCUAUGGAGAUGAGCCUGCACGCGCUGUACAUGCACGAAUUACAUCAGCAGCACACACGAAUGGCGCCGGGCCGACAUAUAUGGCACAGGCAGGAUAGCGAUGAGAGCGGAGAGAGUGUUUCGGGGGACGGACAGACCAACACUACAUCCAACAUACCCACCUCCGCCAGCUGCCCAUCACCAUCCACGCUGCUGCGGGAGGAUCGGAUGCCGCCAAUCAGUGCACAUAGGUUCAGUGCCAGCACAGACUUUGGAACAAUCCAGAGAACCACAUCUAACUUAGCCCGGCAGCCCAUGGGCGGGUGGAGUGAAGAUUCUCAAAGUACCCAUCACCCAGAAACUGUGCCAGAGGAAGGCUCUGAAGAUGAGCUCCCACCCCAGAUGCAGAAGGUAUAAUUUUUCUCCUCCAUCAUCUUACGGAAUGACCUUCCUGUAGCCCUCCCCUCCCGCCGGAAUCUCUUGGGAGAGUGAACCUGUCCAUGGUCCGUGUGUACGUGAGUCCGGCUCUGUAUUCCCGUCAGUGUCUGUAAAUACCUUUUUGUAUAUAUGAAUAUUAUGGUCUUGCCUACACGUUCAUGAAUACUGGACUGGAUUUGCACUGGAUGAUCCGAUUUUGUGCGCGUGGCUUUGAACCCGGAGAUGCAGCGAUCCGUCCGCGUUGCACAAAUGAUACUGCCGAUUCCUCGUUGUAGACUUUUUUUUUUUUUUUUUCCUGUGUCUGACAUCAUCUGACAUUAAGGGAAUAUAAUGGAAUUCUGCAUUAAAGAAGAGUAUUUUGUUAUAAGACUAUAAAGGGAAUGUAUACCUUUUGCAAACAUAUUUUAUCGUCCCAACGCAUUUAGAAAAUUAAAGGGGAACUCCGGUGGAAAUUUUUUUUUUUUUAAAUAAACUGGUGCCAGAAAGUUAAACAGACUUGUAAAUUACUUCUAUUAAAAAAUCUUAACCCUUCCAGUACUUAGUGGCUGCUGAAUACUACAGUGGAAAUUCUUUUCCAUUUGAAACACAGAGCUCUCUGCUGACAUCAUGAGCACAGUGCUCUCUGCUGACAUCUCUGUCCAUUUUAGGAACUGUCCAGGGUAAAAGGAAAUCCCCAUAGCAAACAUAUGCUGUUCUUGACAGUUCAUAAAAUGGACAGAGAUGUCAGCAGAGAGCACUGUGCUUGUGAUGUCAGCAGAGAGCUCUGUGUUUCAAAAAGAAAACAGCUAAUAGGUACAGGAAGGAUAAAAAAAAAUGUAA